AUGAACGCCAUCCAGCAGAAAUGCCGCCCGAAGCAUCAGGUCCUGGUGCUCAAGUGCUAUCCGCGGACUACCAAGGGAGCAGUUGACGUCAAGCCAAACAGCAGCGAGCUGAGCUAUCUGCUCUACUACGCGACCAGCCGGCGGUCCAAGAUUCAAAAGAUUGGCGCCUUUCUGGAGAAGAAGACGGCCAGCGAUGUCUGGCGAAUGCGCAUUGGUAACGUACAGGUGACUCUUGGUAUCCUCGCCGCCCUCGUCGAGAAGUCGCCCAAAGAUGCCGUCCUCAUCGCGCCGUGCAUCCUCAAGAUCCUCGAGCUCAUCCUGCGGUCCAACGACAUUACCAUGAUCGAAUCCUCGCUCCCCACGUGGGAGGCCUUUUGCGAACACCAUGAUGCCUCGUCCCUCUUCGCCGACCAAGCAUAUCUCAGCCACUACGUCUCCGUCGUUCGAUCCUACGCGCAGCUUGCAUCGACCCGAAAUUCGCCAAACCAAAACGCAUCCAGCCGGCCGGUCCAGAUGCGGUGGAGGAACGCCGGGCUGGGUGCCAUCAAGUGUAUAUCGACCUCGGAUGCCCUUUCUUCUGUGAGCGGACGCCAAAUCGACGUCAUCGUGCCCAUGAUUUUGGAGAACCUGUGGACCGACGAUGAGACGCUGCUUGACCUGUUACUGGAACGCGUCCAAGUGGAGGAAAAGGAGGACACGGAAAAGGCUCUGCGACGUAGGACGAGCGUUGCCACGGUCCAAAAUGGCGAAGCCGGUGGUGAUGCAAACCCGCUUGCCAUCUCAGGAACCGCCAUGGACGUGGACAAGAUGGCUGAAGAGGACACUGGUGUUUUGGCGAUGCAGUGCCUUAAGAGCAUCUUUGUUGUGCCCUCCCGGUCGCAGAUCCACUCGGCGACAGCAGCCCUGCUUAAGUUCAUUUUGGAGCGUGUAAAGCAGGGAGAAAAGGUCAUGACGAGCAACGACGAGGGUUGGGCCAUCAAGAUCUUUAGCAUCAUCGCUCGCUGGGCUCCGGUGCAGGAUCGCUAUAUCAUCUUGGUCAUGGCGCUCGAUACCUUGACACACAUCCCCAUGAGAGACGACAACCUGGAUCAGUAUGUAGCUUUGACUACCAUGAUUGAGUCCCUGUUGAGAUCUGACAUCAACCUCAUUGGCCUGAGUGUCAUGGAUGUCCUUUUGGGUCUCGUCAAGCAGAUCAGGAAGCUCUUUACUCUCUCCAACAUUGGAAGCCGAGCUGAGACUCCUAGCGACAAGGUGGCGACGGACAGCGACAUUGAGCAGAAUCUACACCAGCCGCAGCGUAAAGAGCUUUUGGAGCGACUGGAGCAGUGCAUCGGAGACCUCGCCAGCCACAUCUACUACGCAGAUCAGAUCUCGGACAUGAUUGCUGCCAUUGUUGGACGACUAAAGCCUGGCCGGUCGUCGAGCGCUCCUUCAACCCCACAAGGCGAGAAGGCAGACGGCAACGAGCAGAGCAACCCUUCGCCUCCCUCGGCAACUGCCACGACAGAUCUCGCCGAUAGUCAGAUCAACAACUUGGUGGACGUCUACUUUUCCUACACGCUGGGACGCAUCUCGGCGCUCCGCAUCGUCAAGAUCAUCCUCCACGUCGCCAAUCCCCAGUCCAAGAUCAGGACCAAUGCCGACUUGGGCCGGAACCGAGUGCCGACUCAGGUCUGGGAAGGCACCCAAUGGCUUCUCCGCGAUCCCUCGGGCCAAGUGCGGCGCGGCUAUAUUGACGCCCUGCUUACAUGGCUGGAUCUGGAGACGACACCCAUCGAUUUGCUGGCCAGAGACGAGGCGCUUGAGCCGCACAAGUCUACGGCGGCAGGCAUUCUCGCCGCCGCCAAGAAUGCUCGCGAGUUGCCCAACGGCCGGCGUGCUGUAUCCAGUGCGUCGAACAAGGAGCGCCAGCCCAGGACUCGACGUUCGCAGUUCCUCCCGCAGCUUCACCUGGCCAUAUACGACAGCGCCCUCCACUUUGUGGAAUUCGAGAAUGAUCUUGCCGUGCUGCACACGCUACUGGCAAAGCUCGUCUCCCGUCUCGGCGUCAAUGCUGUCCGUUACGGUGUACCCAUGAUUUACCGCCUCCAGGAAGAAAUUUUGGCCGUCGACCAGCCCGUCCACAAGGUUCGAAUCGCGGCUCUGUGCCACGGCUACUUCUGGGCCUUGACCGAUAGGUUCGAGUUUGAGGGUUCUGCAGUGGGCAGGGCGAUUGGAAACGAGGUUGCCCGGCGCAAGAGCAAAGGCUUUUGGGUUACGGGCAUCCACGUCCCGGCGCUGGCCCUCGAUCAGAUAGGGCCGUUGGGCCAGGCCUCGCCUCAGCCCGAGUGGGAUCUCAGCGUUCUCGAGACGGAGGAACUCUUGCCGUUUGAUGACCGAGCCUCUCUGAUCCAGUGCAUUGCUGUGGGCUACGAAGAGAGCACCUCGUUCCCGCCAAACAGUCCCACUGCCUCGCCUGGCCGAUCUCUCUCCGGACCCAUUCUCAACACUCCCAUGAGCCCAGGAUCCUCAUCCAUCGCGAUGGCCCCUGACAGGUCAUUGGAGCUUCCAGAUGCCUACCGAGAGCAAAUGUUAACGGAGUGGUCUAGAGAGCAAGUGGCCGCCGCCCUGGCUGCCGAAGGCAAGACGGAAUCAAUCAACGGCUCACGGACAGGCACCACGGCUACCGGCCUUAGGAACUUGACUGUCAGCACUGUCAACGGCAACAAUGGCUAUCUGCCAUACUCGCCCUACGGCAGCCAGCAUAACCUGCGACCAUACUCUUCCCAAACGCACAUGGCAGAUCAAAACCACCUUGGACCUCUCGGACCAUCGCCUAGGUUCCGGCAGGGAAGCAUUCGAAGCGGCAUUUCCCAGACGAUAUCAUCGUCGAGCAAGGCUGGCGUCGCGUCUGUUGAGCAGCUCAAGCGUGUGCUGUCUGGCAACGCAUCCCCCAACACCUUUGGUUCCGAGGAUGAUAGCGGUGAGAGUAUGGUGAGCUACGACUAUAGCCCGUCAGAAAAGAGCUUCAGUCCGACAGGCACAGAUCCAGACCGGCCAACCACGUCGGCUGACGGCCUCAGCAAGAGGUCGAGAUCUGGCAGUUCUGGCGCCCCGCUUAGCGCAGGCUCGAACCGCGACAGCUUACCGAGGCUCUACCUGGAUGGUGACCGUGAAGAAGAAGGAGGGCUGCGUAUGGGUAUUCCUCCCGUGCCCCCGCUCCCCAACCUCAGUUCCCUUUCAGAAAAGGGAGGGCAGUUGAAUGGAGGAAACAUUGCAGUUCAAGACUACGGAGCCAAGGCCUAUAGUAAGCGUACUUCCAACAGCCGCGGAGGUGAUAGCAUUACAAACCGGUCCAUCUUGGGUGGCCACGAUGAUGGUGGCAGAACGAUGGACUUGCAAGAGCUCCUGAGGGGCAUCGAUAGCCGUCCUGGUGAGGGUAGCUUGGGCAAUUUGACCAGACCUCCAUACUAG